CAUGGGACGGGAGAGGAUGUUCAUAGGAGCGCCUGGCCUUCUACUGGCAGGGCCAGAUACACUCCCAGAGUCUGACGGCGAGGAAUGAGUAUGCUAUGACGUGGGAGGGCUCCGCUGGUGACGAUGAUCAGUACCUCGGAUACUCGGUGGCCGUCGGCGACUUCUCAGGAGAUGGUCAACAGGACGUGGCUCUCGGUGUUCCCAAGGGGCUUAACUAUACCGGCAAGGAGCAGCACCAGCAGGAGGAGGAGAGGCCAGUAUGGGAGCAGCCACCCUCAGAAAGGUUCGUGGGUCGGAGAAGUGAGGAGCCUGGGGCCAUCCACACCUGGCAGGAUUGGUUUGAGGAGACGGGUCUUCUCUUCAGGGAGGAGAAACAAGUAGGGUACUCUGUUUCCACUCUGAGGAAGGAGCCCUCCAUGCACCCAAUGUACGGCUCCUACUCCAUGGGCCUGGGCGAGUUUGACGGUGAACCUGGGGAGGACGUGGCCGUCGGGGUACCCAAGGGUCCCGACUCAGAGGGCGUCCGCACGGGCAAGAUCUCACUCUACACCCACGAACUCCACCCCCUUCAGAACAUCACGGGGUACCAGCUGGGGUCCUACUUCGGCUACUGCCUCGCCGUCGUGGACUUCAACAACGACGGCCUGGAUGACAUCGUAGUCGGCUCCCCUAUGUACACUGACUAUGAUGACCGGGAGAUGAAGUUCGAGGUGGGCCGCGUUCAUGUCCUCCUUCAGAACAAAGUGCAUCGCUUCAGACAGGUGGUCACCUUCACGGGUCAGGUCAACAGAGGUCGGUUUGGUCUCUCCCUCACUGGCCUGGGUAUUGAUAUAUACUUGGCCGUCGGAGCUCCUUAUGGUGGGGAGGACGGGAAUGGCGCUGUGUUUAUCUAUCACGGCUUUGUCAUCCGUGGCGGUGAACUGAUACCUGAAGACUUAAAGAAGCCGACGCAGAUUAUCUACGCGAGUGACGUGGCUACAGGGGCUCCCAUCUCUACCUUCGGCUGGUCACUCUCUGGGGGUCUGGAUAUGGACAACAAUGAGUAUCCUGACUUGCUAGUGGGAGCCUACCUCUCUGACGCCGCCAUACUGCUGAAGUCUCGCCCCAUCGUGAAUCUCUUCAACCACAGUCUCAGCUUCCUGACGGAGGGUAAAACCAUAGACAUUGAAUCCGUAGCGAGUCUCGAGGCUGGCUGUAAGACGAAGACUGGUCGACCUGUAGCCUGUGUGCCUCUCGAGUUCUGUCUGGGCUUUGGGGGUCUAGGAGUACCUGAUGAUAUCGAGGUCAACAUAGAGUACCAGCUGGACGGUAAAGUGAACGAGCCCAGACUAUACUUCCUGGCCAACAACGAGAGGAUGCUGAAGGAGAAGCUUCAGCUGGAGAGAGAGAUCCCACAGUGCAAGACUUACCAAGUGUAUGUUGCUCCAACACUGACGGAUAAGCUGACACCCAUAGGAGCUGAGGUGAAGUACAGCCUGGUGGAGCCUAAGUAUAGGAAGCCCUGCUCUCUCACCCCCAUCCUCAACCAGCGCCAGAGACUCUCCUUGACCGACUCCAUCGCCAUCCAGAAGAACUGUGGGGACGACAACGUGUGUGUGCCUGACCUUAUACUAACCUUCACUGCGCCCGACACCUUCGUAUUCCGGCAGAAGGAGCAACUGGAGGUGGACGUGAGGGUCGUCAACAACGCCGAGGACGCUUUCGAGGCCAGAUUGUACAUGCCCAUACCCCGGCCUCCUCUACAGCAGGAUCAUCACCAAGGACAACACCUCCGUCACGUGUUCCCCCGCACCGCCGGCACCAACACCACCCUCAUCUGUGAUAUUGGCAACCCUCUACCGUUACAUAAGGGGGUUCACUUCGCUGUAUUUUUCCAAGAGAAGUCGAGGACGAUGGAGGAGCCCCGCUUUGAGUUCCUGGUGGUGGCCAACAGUACUAAUGGGGAGGACUUGAGGUCACGUGACGACAACAUUGCUUUCAAGACUGUUCUGGUUGAUGUCGACACCAAGCUAACUCUUUACGGAUCGUCAGCACCAUAUCCAGCGUAA